AUGGCUGUAUCUCACCCCGACUUUAAUGCAGAAGCUACCGCGACGGAAGUUGCCAGCGCGUUUGCAGGUCGGAUCCAAGGCAAAAAUGUGGUUAUUACUGGUGUUGGUCCCAGUAGCUUGGGUGAAGCUCUUGCGCUGGCCAUAGCUAGCCAACAACCAGCCAACUUAAUCCUGGCUUCCCGAACCCUGAGCAAAGUACAAGAAGUUGCCAACAAAGUGAAAACACUGGCCCCAGGGACAACCGUCGAGUCUGUAGUCCUAAAUCUUGCAUCUCAAAAGUCCGUUCGCGAGGCAGCAUCCAAUGUCCAAGGACUGAUCGACCACAUCGACAUCCUAAUCAACAAUGCCGGAAUGAUGGUGAUAAACCGAGAAACCACAGAAGAGGGCAUUGAGAUACAAUUUGGAACCAAUCACGUUGGCCACUUUCUGUUCACAAACUUGCUUAUGACACAGCUGAAGAAUGCGGCUAAGGUUUCGGAGCCUGGAUCAACCCGAGUGAUCAAUGUGACCAGUGCUGGUCACCGACUCUCUCCUAUUCGGUUCCAUGACUAUAACUUCGAGGGCAAGGAAGUUCCUCAAGAUGAAAGACCCCCUGAUGGACUGCCAGCCAUGUUCAACCCUACGGCAGCCGGGUAUAAUGGUUGGUUGGCAUAUGGACAGUCCAAGGCGGCCAAUAUCUUGUUCACGGUAUACCUGAAUCAGCACCUUGCGUCCGCGGGCAUUGUGUCAUACAGUGUUCACCCUGGCUCUAUUUGGACUGGUCUGAGUCGUAGCCUUGACGAGACUAACAGCGAGACUAUGGCGAAAACCAGCAAAUCUUGGAAGACGGCUGAUCAAGGCGCGGCCACUAUGCUUGUGGCUGCUUUGGAUCCGGGGCUGAAUGUUGUAUCUGAUCCAACCGCAGUUUACCUCAGCGAUUGCCAAUUUGCCACCGCAGUACCCCACGCCGUGAGUCAGGAUGUUGCUGAAAGAUUGUUCCGAUUGAGUGAGGAUUUGGUUGGGAUGCAGUUUCCGCUAUCAGUGUAUUGA